UAAAUUGUUUUGCUUUCAGAACCCUGAUCGAGAUGCGAUGGAACAAGGAAACUCAAGAUUUCGUCGAACGCACAGUAAAAGUGUUUAUUUCGCUAGGCGUAUUGUUGACAGUGAGGCUGGCGCUCCUGCAAGGAUCGCUGCCGAAAUUUUCGCAGCAAGAUAAUCCAGCCGCCUUUCAUUCCUCCCUCUACGUUAGAAUAUUGACCUUCUGCUACCUAGCAGCCUUCAACUGGUGGCUUCUUCUCUGCCCUAUGACGCUAUCCCAUGACUGGCAGAUGGGUUCCGUGCCAUUAGUGACAAGUAUCUAUGACUCAAGAAACCUUGUCACAUGUUUUUUCUUUUUAUUGACCCUAUUGUUAGUGGUGAAAAGUGUGUGUGAUUUUGAGGCUCAGAGACACGUUCCAGUUGUUGUGGGAUUGGCUUUGUUGGUGUUGCCAUUCCUUCCUGCCACAAAUUUAUUUGUGACGGUGGGUUUUGUUGUAGCUGAGAGAGUUUUGUAUAUUCCGAGCAUGGGAUGUAUACUUCUUGUGAUAUACGCUCUGCAGAUGCUAUGGAGCUCCUACCCAAAACAUCGACAGACCAUUAUCUGUUUCGUGAUACUCAUGCUCACGACUAGUUGCCUGAGGACUAUAAUUAGGAACAGAGACUGGCGCUCAAGGGAGUCCUUGCUGAGGGCGGGAUUAAUGACGUUACCCCAGAACGCCAAGAUGCAUUACAACUACGGGAAUUUUCUGAGGGACUCUGCGCGACCUGAAUUAGCGAAAACCCAUUACCACAAAGCUUUGAAACUGUGGCCCACCUAUGCCAGCGCUCACAAUAAUUUGGGAACGCUUCUGAGCAAUGAACAGGAAGCGGAACAGCACUUCCUCGCUGCCAUCCGAUAUUCGUCUGACCAUGUAAACGCCCAUUACAAUUUGGGACAGCUCUAUAGGAAAUCGAACAAAACAGUCGCUUCGGAAAAAAUGCUGAAAAGAUGCAUCAGCAUCGAUCCAAGAUUCACUCCAGCCUACAUAGAACUUGCCAGACUUCGUGGACCGGAAGACAUGAGGGUUGGAUCACUUUUGAAACAAGUCAUGAUUCUCAACUCUGAUGAUCCAUAUUAUGGGACAUUGUAUGGCAACUGGCUUUUAAAUAAAGGCAAUCAUGCAGCUGCACUGAGGGUAUAUUGGAUGGUUCUGCAAAAAUCGGAUACGCAUCGAGAAGCAAUGUUAAAAGCCGCCAAAAUCUUGAGGAAAACGGGACAAACUUCUAGACUUUUGCAGACUAUAACUAGGUGGCAUGCUAUUCUCAGACAAAGGAGAGGGGAAAUUCCUUUGAGUCCACAUGUUUAUCUACAGGGAUGGCAUCUCAAAAAGGAAUUGAGCCGAAAAGCAAAAGUAUACGAUAAUUGUUCAUCCACCCUUUAUGGAACAGAGUAUAUCCCAACUCCAUCCAAAGGAAACAAUUCCGACAAUGAGGACAAAUGGUCUCAUCAGGAGAAAAACAGUUCAGAAAAGUUUCGUUUCGCAUCCAAAGCGCAAUGCAAGUCUGAAAAGAGCAGAAUUGAUAAGCAGGGAUCCAUAACUCCCAUGAUGGUUCAUCAUCUGCUCGACAGUGUCUGACUAAUGGAUUGAUCAGGAUUACUUAAAAACAGGGAAUAUCACUUAUUCACUCAGUUUUCGUGGAUAUUCAUGUAAAUAGAAAAUGAUCUUUUGUUGUUGGGUUCAACACACGUGUUCAUUGAUUGAAUCUCGCUGUAGG